GAAGAAGUAAAGGUCUGCAAGUCAGGACACAAAAUAUUCAGGGAUGGAGAGAUGUGGUCCUCUGUCAACUGCACCAUCUGUUCUUGUGUGAAAGGCAAGACAGAGUGUCGCAAGAAACAAUGCAUUCCAGUCCACAGCUGCCCCCAAGGCAAAAUGCUGAAUAGAAAAGGCUGCUGUCCUAUUUGCACUGAAAAGCCUGGUGUUUGUACUGUAUUUGGAGACCCCCAUUAUAAUACGUUCGAUGGACGGACAUUCAAUUUUCAAGGAACUUGUCAAUAUAUUUUGACCAAAGAUUGCGCAUCUUCUACCUCACCUUUUGAAGUUAUAGUAAAAAAUGAUGCUCGACGCACACACUCUUUCUCAUGGACA